AUGCCAUUUCACAAGAUGGAAAACAUCUCCAAUUUCCUCGAAGCCUGCAAAGCGUACGGUGUUGCCGAGAUAAGCUGUUUCCAGACUGUUGAUUUGUAUGAGAACAAGCAAUGCUAUAAAGUCAUCGAAUGCCUUAGAUCAUUGGCUGCUGUGGCACACAGCUCGUUGAGCUGA